CACGUUUAUCAAAUUCAUAAAUAAAAACUACUACUACUAUUUAACUAUAAAUAUUUUUCCAAACAACACAAAAUAAUAGCAAUAGGACGUAUACUAAUAGAGUAAUAGGUGGGAGCAAUUGUUAGAUUGUUACCAAUCAAACGAGCCGUGACCAAAACUAUAGCGCGGAAAGACAAAACUAUUUAACGAAAACGAUAUUGCCAUUUGCGUUUGUUAAUAAUCACUACUUACCAGUGCUUUUUACCGAACAGUACCGAGCCGUGACUAAAAAUCAAGCAUUUCAAUAUCGAGUAUACUCGAUUCCGAUUUUGGUCAUCCGUAUAUAAUAACUCUUGAUUUCCAAACUCGACACAGCCAUCGAAAAUGGCAUCUGGGUUUUGCUCACUGGCUCUAACUGUCACCACCUCCUUAUUCUCGUCCCACGCGAUUACACGGCGCGUUCUACCCAUUCUACGGUGGCGUUCCAGUUCUAUGUCCCUUUCUCCGCUGCGUCAUUCCCGCGCUUUAUCAGCUGCAACAACUGUUCCGAUAAGCUCAUCCUUCACGUGGGACGACGUAAUCGAGACCGGUCGGGCAGAGUACAACUCUUCCGAUCUCACCGGAUUUUUCGAGAAAAUCAACCGCUGCAAUCGCGGAUCCGAAAAGUUAGGUGAGUUCAUUCCAUUUGUUAUAGAGGAACAAAUCGUUGGUUAUAUUCAUAAAAGAUUUACGGAGUACUUGAGGGAGUUUCAUGAUAUCUUUACAUUUUCACAAAAUGGUUCUUGUCCUGACCGUGUUGAUGGCUAUGUAACGCUUAAUCUGAUGCUUCAAAAGCCUGAAGAUAGAACCAGAGCAGUUGCAGAUGUGAUCAAAAUAUUGGGUGACAAAGGAAUCAUUCCAGGAAUACGUAAUGAGCUGUAUCCUGUGAAACCAUCGUUUAAUGCCCCGGUCUUUUUUUCUCUAGAGCGUGCUGCUGCUCCUUAUUUCGGAAUUAAGGGUUACGGAGUUCACAUGAAUGGGUAUGUAGAAAGAGAUGGACAGAAAUUACUGUGGAUAGGUAAGAGAAGUCUCUCAAAAUCCACGUAUCCAGGAAUGCUUGAUCAUCUGGUUGCUGGAGGAUUGCCUCACGGGAUUAGCUGCGGUGGAAAUCUAGUAAAGGAAUGUGAAGAGGAAGCUGGGAUUUCCAGAGCCAUUGCUGAUAGGGCAAUAGCGGUUGGUGCUGUCUCAUAUUUGGACAUCGAUCAGUACUGUUUCAAACGUGAUGUGCUGUUUUGUUAUGAUUUGGAACUCCCUGAAGAUUUUGUUCCCAAAAAUCAAGAUGGAGAAGUUGAGAGCUUCAAGUUGAUUCCAGUAGCCCAAGUUGCUAGUGUGAUUAAGAAAACUAGUUUCUUCAAGGCGAACUGUUCCCUUGUCAUUAUUGACUUCUUGUUUCGGCACGGGUUUAUCAGACCAGAAUCAUCGGGUUACUUGGAUCUAUACCAACGCCUGAGGAAUAGAGAUUGCUCAUAGGGAUGUUACUAUCUGAUGAUUAGUCUGCUGGGUCACUUCAGGUGCCUUCAUGAACAUAAUGAAGUCCAAAGAAUACAAUUUUUUAUACAGAGAGCGAGCAAAACAAACUCACGUUUAGAGUUGUACAUUUUAGCUCCUGUUCUGUUCUAGACUAUGAGACUACGAGGGAAAAUGCUUCUCUAUUAGUUGUGAUUUCUGGUUUGAGCUAACCGGAAGCUAAUGAGCUCACAUGGAAUUGAAGGCUAGCUUAGUGAAUUGUUGGAAACCUAGCCGAGAUUAGGGGAUCACACACUGUAAUUGCUUAACUAGUAAAUCGCACUGUGAUCAUUAUCUUCUUUCUCGAUCAAUAUACAAGUUUCUCGAUUAAUGUUCCAUACUUUGACUGUGAAAUCAUGGUUGAUGCAAAGAUCGCAACAUUCUCUCUACGGAUCAGCUCUAAUGUGAGCCUUG